AUGGCGCACCGCAUAGUAACUCAAGUCUUUAUCACAGGCGCCCGCGUCUUUGGCCGCGCCGUCUCCGAAGCAUACCGCCACGCCUCUGCCUCACAAAAAUACCAAGCCGCAACCGGAAUUAAGGGAGCCACCGGCGGAGCUGGAUUGACACUGGAUGAAGCCUGCAAGAUUCUGAAUGUCGGACCUCCCAAGGGCGGCAAGGCCAACAUGGAACAAGUGACGGAGCGCUUCAAGAAACUUUUCGACCAGAACGACCCCAAGAAGGGAGGCAGUUUCUACCUACAGAGCAAAGUCUUGCGAGCAAGAGAGAGGAUUGAGAUGGAAGUGCGCGAGGCAGCGAGAGCAGCAGAGAGGGAAGCAGAGUUGCAAGAAGGAUGGAAGCCAAAGGCUGCAAGCCAAAGCAGUCCUCAAAAGCCCAUGAAAAGUUCUCUGAAAUCUCAGCCAUCAACAGACGGAGCCGACGAAGAGGCAGAUGGCGAGAAGAGUGCUACAAAGGAAGACGCAGACACAACUGCACCUGCCAUGGCUACACACAUGAACAUGUCAGGUGCUCUUCAACGCAAAAUGUCGGAACUCCAAGCUAGUGGCUGGAGACCGCCGGAAGAGUCGAUCGAUAGCGACGACGACUACGAUGCUGUUGACAUGAUCAGCAACAGUGACGACGAAGAGAAGAGCAUGAGAAAAGCUGAAGAGAAGCUGAUGGCUCAGGAUGAGGACGACGACGACGAGAGCAAUGCUGCUCUGGCACGAAGACUUAGUUUGUCCAGCCAAAACAGUAAUCAAGCCGAUCUGGCUUAUCUCGAGUUCAACGAUGACUACCCCCUGGGCGACGAUCCUUUCUUGCAACCCUGGCUCGAUGCUGACGAGAUCAUGGCUGCGCCCGACUUCUUCCGCGAGGGAGGUCCCCUGACGAGAACUGAAAGCGAACAAACUGUGCCUCCCCAACGUCGUGUACGCUUUGAGGAGAGAGCAGACAUGUCUGAUGAAACCGACUCGGACAACGACAGCGAUUUCUUCCCCGACCUCUUCAUCCAACAAGACCACCUCGACCCACGCUUCCGACGCUUGAUCGAGAAGGAUGACGACCAUGAGUUGUACCAGGACGACAGUAGUAAUGCCGGCUCUGAGUGGGACUUUGAGGCCGACGAGAUGAGGAUGCUACUCAUGGAGGAGGAAGAUGAGGACUCAGAUUCGUCAGCAGGCUCUAGCGGCUACGAAUGUAUCUCCACUCGCAUCAAACUGCCCCUCCGCAAGAACAAGAACAAGCGCACUCCUACACAACCCAAGAUGGGUACCUUCAUCAUCGACCCUCACCGUCCUGUUCUUACCAUCGACGGCGUUGGAGUUUCCCAGAAGAGCACUUUGUGGCCUGCAAAGAUCCAAUCUGCUGCCGAGAAACAGUUGUGGGAACGCAUGCACAUGCUAAGCAACACCAACAGCCGUGCUACUAGUCGUACCACCAGCCCUCGCCAAUCGGUCCAGCUUACUCCCUCUGGCGAGAGCGAUGCAAUGAGCAUUGGUGAGGAGAAUGACUUCUUUGACUCGUUUGGUGCCCUCCGUACCGAUCAAGUCAUCGGUCCCCCUGAAGCCUUCACUCCCUUCGUUGAUGUCACCGCUACUGGUGCUGUUAUCCACGAUCAUGAUGCUGCCAUUCCUGGUGCUGAAGAAGAGGAACAAGACCCCAUGUGCUUCUUGAACUUUGAUGAUGACGAUGACGAGGAUCAAGACAUGCCCGAUGAGUCUGAUCACGUCGCUUCACCUACCACUCAAUCUUUCUCUUCUCAAGUCACCAACACUACAUCAUCCCAACCUGGUGGCUUCGAUCUGCUUGCUCAUCUCGACCGUCAUGGUGUCGUCGGAUCCUUCCGCCGCAACCAACAUUUCGCCAAACACGUCGGAUCUCUGCCUUCGCAUCCUGCCCUCAGAGCAUCUUUGUCCGAGACGAAUGCCAUGCAAACAGGUCGUCGCGCUGCAGCCAAUACACCCAUCACGCCUCUCAGAAAAAAGAAGGCAAAGGGUGUUGGAGCACGCAACUCUCCCAUGACUACUACAAGUCCCCUCACUAAGAGCCCGCCUUUCAAGAAGAAGGGCCCUAUCAGAGGCGGUUUCAGCCGCAAUUGA